UCCACGCAACAAUUAUGUUGAAACCCUUUGGUUCUGGUUGCAAUUGAACCCUGAGAGCGGGAUGGUGGUGGAGUCACAAAAAGAAGCAGAGCCCCAUUGGGGCUGAAAAUUACAAGGUAAGUGUGAGGCUCCCAAGAUGGAGGCAAUGAUAGGAGUGCCGUCGCUCCCGAAGAGUACCCAUCACACCCAGACAUCUCCCCCGCCAUCCCCACCGCGACGGGAAGAGAAAGGUGUGGAGACCCCUGAUUGGGGGAAGGAAAGCGUCGGAUCCCUUACCCUGAACAAGGGGGUAGAUACCCACGAUUUGGAGGAGGUCAUGAAGGAGUUAAAAAUCACCCGGGAUCCGGGACGAGUUCUGGCGGGAAACCGGGGGGUGGAGAUUGAGGCUGGGGUAGGGGAUAUAAGGGAGAAGCCGAGCGAUAUACCAGGAGAUUGGGAGUGGGUAUGGAUGGAGGACCCCUGGACCCAUAAGUGGGAACAGGUCCGGGUUCCUCAUGAGGAGGCCGAGAGGCGUCGGCAGCUGGGACUAAAACCCCGACCUUCCUAUUGGGGGGAAACGGAGGCUAAGGAGUGGAGGAGGAAGCUCCGCGAGGAGAGAGAAGCCGUUGCCCAGGAAUUGGAGAGAAAGAAACAAUGGCAUAUCGCCGAGCUGAGGAAGCUGGGGGGUUACCUGGCCCCUGGGGUGCAGAUGGAGGAGAUGGGUCCUCCUGGGAUGGCUGGAGUGGAGACGAAGAGACAUUACCGUUAAUUUCCUUGGAAGAAGCUUUGGACCCUGGGCUGGGACCUGUGCUGCCUACAACAGGCCCCUGGAACCCAGAGACGACGAACCCAUUUGUAAAUAGUUUGUGGACGCCGUUGAAACCAAGCCAUGUUUUACAAGAAUCUCUGAACCCCUUUGUAGGGGGAAACCCGGUUGGUGUUAAGGC